UUUCUCCAAAACUAUCAACUUUAGACUACAACGAUGACAGAAAGCGACAAAGAGCUUGCAAAAUUCAAAUAAAUUCACAAAUCACUUUAUACAUCUCAAUGGCUUGUUACAGCAACUCAGUGCAUUUUAGUGGGAAGUGCUAGGAUACAGGAACAGAACAGCCGCCAAGUAAUCUAUAUGUGUUUGCUCAGUGUUAACAAUAAUAUAAUACCGCUUUACAUUACUGAAAAGCUUAUUGACUCCAUUGCAUUUGUAAGUAUUGCAUUAUCGGGCCUUCUGCCACACCUAGUGGCACCUUAAAAAUCCUACAAGGCUAUUGUUGCCUUGUAGGAUUUUACACCUGCAAAGAUGUACAGUAGUUGUGGCAGAGAGAAUCCUACAUUGGCAACAUCUAUGCCAAUGCGGCAACCCAUUGGCACAGAGAAUUUAAAAGCUAAGUUCAGUCUUCUCAUUGAGUCAAACUCUUCCCUUGUAGGAUUUUACACUUACAAGUGAAACAUGUAGCUGUUUGUAUAAUAAGCCACAUCAAGAUAUUCAAUAACUACCUGAGCUAAGAUUUAAGAUCCCAUUAAAGAGCUUCAACUUUUGCCUUAAUCUCCCCCCAACCUACUCUUUUGUUCUCUUUUUUUUUGGAGGUUUAAUGGCCACAGUACAUCAUGAUCAAAGUCCACGCGUGUAUAUAUACCUUGGGCAAACACCCCACCCACUCACCUUGAUGUGCCUCUUUUAUAGUUGGUCACUCUUCAAACAAAUGAUGAACACAGCUUCCAACAUAGCUGCCAUAAAAGCUGAUUUAUCAAAAUCUUUCAAAUGUAUUUCAUUCAAGGAGCUUUGAGAAAAAUCUGUAGAGGUAGAUUCCAACCUAAAACUUGGUUUUCAUUACAUUGAACUAUAAGCUUAAUUUUGGGAUACUUUUUGGACCUUGGGGAUUUAAUGGGCCUUUUAAAUCUAAGUGUCUUUGUCUGCCUAGUUUAACUGGGUUUAGAAGAGUACGUCUCUGUCUUUCAGCAGGUGUAGCAAACUGCACUAUAUAUUAAACAAGAUGCUCAUGUAACUCCGUCAGCACAGAGCAAUUAUUCUAUACAAACAGAUUAUGCUGUUUUCUCUCUUGUAUGUUUCUUCACAGUGUUUGAUUCUGUAUGGCCUACCUAUACAAGUACUCCUUGGUGACUCAGUACUAUGAUUUGCUAGUGCAUGCAAUUUAUAUGUGCUUUCUAGAGGUGGAAAGCAGGAAAAUAAUGCCUAACAGCUUUGCCUAACAUCAACAGACAACAUGGACUCACAGUACUGACCGUUUCCAAGAAUGACCUUAGAAUCUGGCAGUCUUUCAUAAACCUGUGACACUACUGCAUGUGUGCUUUAUGUUUCAGCAUCGCAUGAAGAAAGGCUGCCUGAGGUAAUUACCUCUCCAGCUUCCUUCCCGCAUGUCUUGUACUGUUGCAUAAGUAAUAUGAUCUCCAGCUAAGCCAAAUUCUAUAUAAGACAGCAUAUAUAGCACUCUAAUAUGUAAUAAUGUUUCUAGGGAACAAUGCUGUUUGGAGAGUAAUAACAUAGCAUUGUCAAGGAGCGUCAAGGAGAAAUCCUUGCCUUCUCUUGAAUCAUUAAUGAGUUAUAUCUCGAAGGGAAAGCCCAGUCAGUUUCAACAUGGGCUUAACUUGGAUGUGGAUGACUUCCUGUCAGGCACUGUCCUGCCAACCCUGAAGAGUUGGAACAAGAAGAUGCUAAAUAAAUGGCUAACAUCCAGUUGCUUAAUUAAAGCUGCUGCUAAAAUGCUAAUUUAGGUUCAGUUACAUUACACCUUUAUUCACAGAAGGCAUCUAAAGGUAGAAGGCUUCAAGUGUUACCAGAAAUGCCAUACCCUAAGGAGAAACUUGAGUGUUGAUCAGUGAUGUAAAAUCUCUUUUUCGGACGAAAGCAAUUUGUGCAUGUAAUUUGAAAAUCAAAGUUCCAGAGCUGGAAGGUAGAAGGGAGACAGAAGUCAAGUUGCUUGACAUUCAAUGAUUCCCCUGUCAGAUAUGAUUUGGGGUGCCGUGUCACCUGCUGGUUGUUCGUCAACUGUCCAACUUCAGCAAAACUGUCUACCAGAAAAUCUUAGCGUACUCCACGGUCUCUUCUGGUGACUUUAUGAAGUUUGUCAUUUCUAGCAGUACUUGAUACCUGCCCACUCUGCCAAACAUAGUAGUACCUGAUUUGAUCACUAUGGCAUAGACUGAUCAACUGCAUGUUACGCUGCUUUGGUGCAGCAAGAGGAGGCCCAGCUACUGUAAGUACUGAAAGUGAUAUGCUGGUCAGCACGUGGUCAUACUUUGGAGGAGAGCAAUAUUUCUGUAUGAAAAAGGAUAUCUUGUUGGGGUUUCUUCUUUGUUAUAUUCUAAUUUCCUGGGGAACUGAAUGUUGGGUUUUAAUUUAGCUACAAGUCAUAUUAAACAAAAUUAAUAGGAAUAAACACUCAUAUGUAACUCUCUUUGUACUGUGUUUAUGAAACAUAAAUUUCACUGUUUGGAUUUAAUCAGUGUAAAUUAACUUUUAAAUAAAAUUUUAAAAUGGAAAGAUGCACCUGUAAACAUGUUUAUGGGUAAAUGCAUAGGAUUUCUAAAAAUGAUCUCAUUCUGUAUUGUGUAAAUAUGAAGCUGAAUUUCCCAGUGUGUUUUACAGCCAGGCCAUUUGCAUGACUACCUUAUUUAACUUCCUCAUCAGCAGUUGGCACCUAGUCAGUAAGUGAGAGGCAGUUUUUCUUUCCAUUUUGUUAAAGUGUAUGAGCAAGGAGAUGACCUCAAUAGUAUUUUCUUCCUUUAAACCCUCUAAAUAAAGGUAAGGUACAAAAUGUCCUUUUGGUGGGUAGAUGUGAUGGUCUAAAGAGAGGAAAGCCUAGGCACUAAGUGCAGAGGUGUGGCCCUCGUGACAGGUACAUGGGGAGGAGCUGAGCUACCUGUGCUCUGCAGGCAGUCAGGACACAUUGAGCAGUACACCUGUUGAACUUCCCAGGCAGUCUCUCUCUUUCAACCCUCCUGUUCUCUUUCACUGACCUGAGGAAAGGGGGACCUGACAGGCUCACCAUGGAUCCCAGGGAGGCCGGUGGGGGUGAGAAGGACAAGGAAAGACAGAUAAAAAGAAAAAACCGGCCUGUGUUCCUGCGGUACCUGGAGAGGAGAAAGACGGACACUAUAGUGGUCGAUGACAUGGCCAAAGGUGACAUCAACCUGGGGACGCUGGUGAGGAGGAGUCAGUCUGACAAGACGGAGUACAGCGCUAAAAUUAAAGACAAAUUGAUGCCACUUGACCUGUCAGCUCUUCCCUCUCCGGUGCUGGACGUGGAAGAGAUUUGGUCCAGGAAGAUGAGCCGCAGGGCGAAAGUGAUAAAAGAACUUGUGCAAACUGAAAAGGACUACCUCACUGACUUGGAACUGUGCAUCAGAGAAGUCGUCCAGCCUCUGCGAGUGUUACAGGUUGUUGACGUAGACCGACUUUUCACCAACAUGGAGACGGUGUGUGAGGUGUCUGCCGCUCUUCUUAACAGAUUGCACGUGGCCAUGUCUGACCCAGAUCCAGAAGCAGUCGUCAUAGGGGAAGUGUUUAUUCAGGCAAAGGCAGCUUUAGAAGAUGUAUAUAAGAUUUAUUGUUACCACCAUGACGAUGCCAACAUGUCUUUGAAAGCCUAUGAGAAGGAGGAACAGAUAAAGCAGCAUUUUACUAUAUGCAUCUUAGCAUUGAAAAAAAUCUAUGACCAAGAAGGAAAACCCAAUUUGUUGGACAUGGGCUCCCUGCUGAUCAAACCAGUCCAGAGGAUCAUGAAGUACCCAUUGCUUCUGGGGGAACUUUGGCAGGCCACCCCUGAAGACCACAUAGACUAUCUGCCCCUGCAGGAGGCGCUCACCGCUGCCAAGAUCAUAAAUGUUAACAUCAAUGAGUUCAGGAGACGGAAAGACAUAGUUAUGAAGUACAAGAGGUUAGAAAACGAUGAAGGCACGCUGAGGGGCAAGCUAAACAAGAUUAACAUCCACUCUCUCCGGAAGAAAGGAGACAGGUUUGCAGGAUAUCUGAAGAUUCUCACUGGAGUAGAACCACAGGUGAGAGAUGAAGUGUUUGAUAAGGAAGAGAAACUGUUCAGGAGUUUGGAAAAAGCUGUGAGGCAACUGGCCAAGAAUGUUAACUGUUAUGUGCAAUACACUCAGGAGAUGGUGCCUGUUGCUGUUCAGAACGUGAAGGACAUGGAAAACAUUAUUACGGAUCCAAGCAAAGCAGACACAAAUGGCUCGUCACACAAGAAUGGCAAAGAUCCUUAUAAGUACUUUAAAGAGCGAAUGGAGGAGUUGGUUCUGCUGCCCCUCACCUCUCUGCAGGGCAUGUUCACGGCUCCGCAGAAGCUCAUCCAGAAGCGUUAUGACAAGCUGCUGGACUACUGCUGCCGCUUGGAACGCUCCUCCUCUUUUGCUUCCUCAUCCUCCACCACUGUGUCCUCCACCGCCUCACCAGCAUCAGAUGCGCCUCCUGGUCCUGCCAAGAGAGACUAUGAAGCCAUCAAUGCUUUGCUAGUAGAUGAGUUGCAGAGGUUCAACAUGGCGGCUUAUACUAUCCUGACAAACUGCGUGCUGUGUCUGGUGGCCCUGCUCAGAGGACUGAUGGUUUGCGCUUUGGUUGGAGCUCCGGCUGUUCACCAGCUGCCUCCUCCAUUGUCAAACAUGGUUGAAGUGCAGAACAGCAUUAUGGAUGAGCUGAACAAUCUGACAUUUGUGAAGGAUAAUGCUCAGAAGUUAAUGGAGAGAAAAGUCAGCUUUGAGAGGCAACGAGACAAAAAAACAGUGGUGCAGGAGGUGCAGCAUCAAACAGAGGAACAGCGCGCCUGGCUGCUGGCGGAGUACCCACCGAACCGCCUCUACCAGCUGAAGAGGAAGUGUAAUGGCUGUCAGGAGCAGGACCUCAGCCUGCUGGAGGGAGAGCUGGUGGCCUUGUUGGAGGAUACAGACCCUUUAGGCAGCAGCAGCCGUUGGCUGGUGCACAACGGAGGUGACAAAGGCUAUGUCUACUCCACGUUCCUGAAGCAGUACAACCCUCUGAGGGACUCCCAGCGGGCAAACCAGAAGGCCAAAGAGCAGCAGCAGCCUCCUGUCAUCACAUAUGAGGACUUUGACGAUCUCAGCCUGUUUGUGUCACCCAGCAGCAGCAGCAUGCGUAGCCUCAGCCUGAACACCACAGACAGCAGCUCAACCCUCUCAGGUCUGCAGGGAGAGCUGGAGAACGCUGAAGAACCGGAAGAGUCGGUGGAUGAUGACACCCAACAGUAUUAUGCCGUUUAUGCAUUUCACGCACGCUGUGAACAGGAGCUGUCCCUGCAGGAGUACCAGCACGUCCGCAUACUCCAGUUCUGUGACCUGGGCGGAAACAAACAGUGGUGGUUGGCUGAGGCCAAUGGACAGAAGGGAUACGUCCCUGCUAACUACCUUGGCAGAAUGUCAUAUGCAUGAAUCUAGAAUGUAAAAAUGACAAAAAGAAAGCAAUAUGAAGAGUUAUGAUGUCAUACCCACCCUUUUUUUAAGUAAUGUCGUACAUUUUGGAAAUUUGGGAUUCAAAUAUUCUGUAACUGUUCAAGGUUACAUAUUUCUCCAUUUUGAGUUUAAUACCAAAGUCAUGAGAAAAUCAACUACAAGAGCAUGUUUAUUUCUGUGUCGCAACAGCUUCUAGUACAUUGUUUUAAAUUUAUUCAACAAAUGGCCCAUUUAAAUGGAGCCUGAGCAUGGUUAAUCUUAUUUCUUUAAGCUGUGUUGUGGAUUAAAGCCCUCCCAUGGCAUUAACAUUAGAAGCUGAUGUUUAAAACGCCAUCUGUGAUUAGUUAUUUGUCACCAUCCUUUAGUCAGAACAAGAUACUUUCAUCAGUUCCACAAAUAAUUUCAUAUUUUAAAUUGGAGAGGCACGAGAGCUUUGUGUGACACAAGAUCAGGUCAUAUUUUAAUAUGCAUCAAAUUAUACAACUUAAUUUUUUAUUUUUGAAAUAACAUUUCUCCACAUUGUCUUCAAAAGCUAAUUUGACUUGUUUGUAAGAAAACUUUCUAUUUAGUUUUUUUUUUACAUUUAAAGCCUUACACAAUUAUUGGCACUGCUGAUAAAAAUGUCAUUAAAAGUGCUAAAACAAAUGCCUAUUAUGGGGUCUUGAUUACCCCAAGAUACCACAGGUUUCUCCAGUACUCUAAUGAGCAAGCUUUGGAGUUCUAUUUUGCUCCAUCAUCCUCUUCACGCUGGAUGAUGGAAAGAUAAACCUUGUUCCUUGCCUAUCAUUUUGUGGUCAGACUUCCAGGUGUUUUAAGAUCUCUUUGAUUUACAGCCAAGUUUAGGCAGCUAGCUAUAUUGUUAUAAUUUUCAGAUUGGCAAAGACCAACACAUAUUCAGCUUAUGGCAUGUUCUCUUGAUAUCCAUUUGGAAGAAUAGAUAAAAUAUAUUUGGUAUCACAUCAGUCCAAGAAACAGAAAGCCAGGGGUUACCAAUUAAAAUUUUAAGCACCCUGAUUACCUAAAAAAAAGAAGUACAAUUUACCAAAAUGCUUUAGUUACACAUGCUUUAAAGGAUUUAUUAAGGGUGCCAAUGAGCAUAGUGCCAAUAACUCUCUAAAAGUAUAAAACUUGUUCACCACAGAAUAAAUGUACUCAAAGGAAAAGUUGGUUCACUGAUUUUAACUUUCAGAUGGAUAUUACAGCAAAAAAACAAUUUUUUUUUUUUUUUUUACAUAGACUGCUUGUGGUCCCAAUACAUGUAGAAAGCUCUGUAUGUGGUAACAUUUAAGAUCAGAACUAGUCAACAAUCAGAACAUUCUUUUUUAGACGAUAAAGCAAGAACAAGGUUUUUGUCUUUUUAGCAACCCCCCUAGAUCUGUUAACAUGUAGAAUUUCUGCAUUGUGAAUACUGAAACUGCACUUUCUAGAUGUAAAUGUUUUGCAGCCACCAUGUAAAACUGCUUUGUCUUUAUAUGAAUGUAGCGGGAGAGCUCACCGUUGGUAUUUAACCUGUCAUUUGGUUUGAAUGAAAGUUCAGAUGAAACUGCAGUGCACUUUGCUGAGCACCUUUUGUACCUCAGUGUUGUUAAUAUUGAAGUGAUACGAUCAUGAAGUAAUAUGUGUCUUGAUUUAGAGAUCAUUUAUAUAAAUGAAGAAAAUUAUGAAGAAUAUAUUUUAUGAUUUGUUCAAAAUGUUUUGAUUUGCAGGAUUCAUUUUUUUUUUUUUUGAAACAUUUAAUAAAUACAACUAAUUUCUA